GUGAGCUGGGGCUAUUCAGUUGCAAGGGUCGUCGUUGGCAGUCUGCUAUGGAGACCCGGCGCCGAGACAUUACGCCUCUAUCGCGCAACAUCUGGGUCCUGGGUCUCAGCCUGUGCCUGAUGUUGGCAAACUUCACCAAAAAUGAGAAAAGAAGCAAGGGAUCGCUAUCGCUGCGCAGGGGGGAUUAUCGCUUGAAGACAGCCUGCGAGUCUAGGGCUGUUGAUUUGACGCAUUCUGCUUUCCAAUUGCAUGAACCAGUGAUUUGGUGGUUGUGCAAUUCCCCUUGCAGGAGAGGACAUCGGACCGCAAGGUUAUAGGUGGAGACAAUGGGCUUAUCCCUUGCGGUAAGCUACGAGCUGGUUCUCGGACACUGCCUACUUUGCAGCUCUCGCCGCAUGCUUCGACAGGGCUCGCUUGAUGCUACCGCAUGAUGGCACAAGUCCCUCUGUCAUUCUUUGUGUGCCACAUACAGGCGGAAGAUGGAUAACC